AACGAUAUCAUUUAUAAAGUUAGUAUCGAUGAAGAAACAAAAUUCGGUGACUGCCUGUUUGGUCUUCUUUGUGUUCUUCUUCAUGUUCCAGUGCAACCUCUCUAUCAUAUCGAAAUUAAACCUAUCAUAUUCAACCAGAAUUCAUCAAGACAAAAAGGACUUGGAACAGAAAUCAACAAGCAAGGUGGACCAACUUCCUCGGCCACCUUCUCAAUCCCCACAAAUCAGCUGCGACAGAUCUCACCAUGAUUAUGAUUUAUGCGCAAUCACCGGUCCUACAGUUCUUGACUCCACAACAUCUACUUUGUUCCUUGUCGACUCUUCCACCUCAACGCCGCCUUCAAUUGUUGAAAAAAUUAGGCCUUACCCUCGAAAAUGGGAGAAGUUUACGAUGAACAGAAUCAAAGAACUCACCAUAACAUCAAGCCCAGAAAGUCCAAAAUGUGAAGUGCAGCACCAUGUUCCAGCUUUAGUAUUUAGUGUAGGCGGGUACACUGGAAACUUCUGGCACGAAUUUAACGACGGGUUCAUUCCCCUCUUUAUCACCGUCAACUCAAUCUUCCCUGAUCAAGAUUUUGUUCUUGUUAUCAGUAAAGCUCGUGAUUGGUGGGUUAACAAGUAUGCAGAUUUAUUACAAACAUUCAGCAAGUAUCCUAUCGUAAAACUGGACGAUGAUAACACCACUCAUUGUUUUCCUUCUGCCACUUUGGGUCUUAUCUCACAUGGAUUCAUGACUAUAGACCCUGCAUUGAUGCCAAAUUCAGAAACCUUCACCCAUUUUCGCGCCUUCCUCGACAAAGCUUAUGGAAAUGGUCGAAUCCACCCAAUACUAAAGCGCAAUUCUCCGGUGGCUAGGCCGCGGCUUGUUUUGCCGAGUCGCAAAGGUAGCCUCGGACGUGCUAUCUUAAAUCAAGAUGAAGUAAAACGUGUUGCGGAGGACGUAGGUUUUGAUGUUAUUGUAUUUUCACCAACUGCGAAGACCUCAUUGCGCGAAGCUUAUGCUCUUAUAAAUUCAAGUCAUGCUAUGGUUGGGGUACACGGUGCAGCUCUAACGCAUUCAUUGUUUCUUCGGCCGGGAUCGGUGUUCGUGCAGGUGGUGCCGUUAGGGCUUGAAUGGGAAAUGUAUAAGAAGGCCAAACAAUUUAUGGACAGGGAAGGGUAG